AUGUCGCGCGAAGGAUUCAAUCUGCAGGAAAAUUUCGAACCACGAAGAACAAUUCCGACCGGUGUAUCAAAUUCAUUUAAUCCAUCAAUAUCUCAACGAGCAAAAACACCUCUACCAGCUAUAAAUAAUCAUCAAAAUACGAAGUCUGGUGCUGCCGUACCUUCGAAGAAUAUGUCAUCAACAAUAAAUGAUUCUAUUCGUGACGAAACCGAUCUUGUCUUACCAACCAAAGUAUUUCAGGCUAAAAAAUCCUCAGUGAAAGAUUUAUCUCAAGCUCUAUGUUCGUAUUUAUGGUUUCGUCGAAUCAAAGAAAUUUUUCUCGUUAUGGGAAAACAAAAUGAUGCAUUUACACGUUUCGAUAUGGAACUUGCUCGAAAUGAUAUGAUUCAAACAUGUGAACAAUACUUGGAAAGUGACCGUCCAAAAAUUGGAGGCAUUAAUUUAAGUAAACCAGAGCAAGAUAAAUUAGAUCGAUGGAAAAAUAAGCGACUAUAUGGUGAAACAUUUCGAAUGUCCUAUUUUCGAAAGGAAACUGAUGCUGGCGAGAAAACAGCUAAAACAUUAACACAAACGGAAAUUUCGAGUGGCGAAGCACCUAAUUUUGAUAAUGCUAUUUGGUGGUAUUCAUGUAACGAAGCUCCAAUCUUUGAUCAAAUGAAUAAUAUUUUACGGUUGGAAAACUUUGAACUUCUGAUGUGUCAUCGCUACUAUAUCAGUGAUCUAUGCCAAAUGAUUGAACGAUCUUAUAUGCAAAAUCGAAUUUCGCAAAAACAGAUCGUCUAUCGAGCAGAUAAAUUAAGUACUACAGAUUUUGAAAUCAUUAAACAAUCAACAACACAAAAGGAUGCUCGAAUUACUAUUAAUGGAUUCAUUUCAACAUCUCGAAACGAAAAAAUCAGUUUGGAAUAUGCAGCGAAUAAACUAAAAAAGAAACGAGGUAAUGAUAUCGUCAUUAUGUAUGAAAUUACCAUCGAUCCAGCUAUAUCUUGUUCAGCUUAUGCCGAUAUUCAAUCGAUUUCAUUCCAUCCUCGAGAAGAAGAAGUUCUCUUCAAUAUGGGCUCGACCUUUCAAAUCGAUAGUCUUGGUGAUGAUCCAAAUAAUCCAGAAAUUAAACGUAUCAAAUUAACAGCACGAGAUUUCAAUCUGACUCUACUCGAUGAAAUGAAAGCCAAAGUUAAACUAGCAUCACAAGCAACUCUGAGCAUUUUACUCGUUCGUUAUCUGAUCGAACUAGGUGAAGAUCGAGUAUGCAAACGUUAUUUGAGUCAACUCAUCGAAAGUAAACAGUUGGAAAAUGAUUCUAAUCUCGUCGCAGUAUACAAUUGUCUUGGUACAAUUCAUUCUCGUCAAGCAUUGUAUGGUGGAGCGUUAGAAUAUUAUCGAAAAGCAUUGAAUACUCAAGCACGUUUACAGUUUUCGAAUAAUAAUGCUCUAGCGGAGAUCUUCAAUAAUAUUGGACAAACUCAUUUAGGAUUGAAUCAAUUAGAAGAAGCAAAACAAAAUCUUGAAGAAGGAAUUCGUAUUCAAAAACGUGAACCAAAACAUUCUCAGCAACAUCUGGCUUCGCUCCAUUGUAAUCUAGGCCAAGUUGCGUAUGCUCAACAUGAUUGGGAUGAAGCGGAAAAACAUUUCAAAUCAUCCUACGAUUUAUACAAUCAAAGCUCGAAAAUCUCACAUGAUGCUCUAGAAAAACGCUUAUUAAAAGCCGAUCUAUGUAUUGCUUUUGGGCAUUUGAAAAGCGUCAAAAACCCCAAAGAUCGAACGGAAGCAGCUGAAAAAUUCAAUGAAGCUCUAGAUAUCUACGAAUGUAUCCUCCCACAAUCUCAUCCCAAAGUGACUGAAGCUCAUAUCGAUAUUGUUUGUGAAUACACUCGAAAUAAAAACUAUCAAGCAGUAAUCAACUAUCAAGAUGAACAUUUUCUCUCAUUAUUAAGAGAUUACGAGAACAAAUAUACUACCAGUCAAUUGGAUCUCGCCAAUCUCUAUGCGAAUAUUGGUGCAUGUUUUGCUCAUCAGAAGGAAUUCAAUAAGGCAAUGGAAAAUUGGAAGAAAGGUCUUGAACACGAACAAAAAGCCUUUUUUGAUGAGCUUUUGUCAUCAGCUCGUGUAUCGAAAAUUCAACAAUCUGUUCGAUUAGUCGAAAGUGCCUAUCGUGUGGCACUGGAAUAUUAUUUAUCCAACACCGAUGCAUCAAAAGAAGAUCUCGCUAUUCUUUACGCUAAAAUGCAUGGCUAUGACAAAGUCAUCGAGAUUCUUCGAGGACAAAAUUCGUUUCUUCUUGCGAAUGCCUGUGUUUCACAACGCAAUUUGAAAGGAAGUAUGGUUGUUUACAAACGAAUUCUAGAGCUGGAAAAACCCGAUACAAAGCUAUUAAUCGCAUUACUUUUGCGUAUAUUAACAGCGAAAAAGUUCACAUCCAAUGAAGAACCUAUAGCAGAAUUACUACGAAUUGAUAAUUCCUUAAAAAAAAGUGUAGCGGAUAAUGAAGCGAUACGUCUGCGCAUGAUUAUCAAUGAUUACCUAGCAGAAAGCUAUUUAGUUUCUUUAGCUAAAGACAAUUAUAAAUCAGCUCUUGAAUGUUCUCAAACAUCGUUUGAAUUAAAACAACGUCUUUAUUCAUCGUAUCAUCCGAGUCUCACACGUAAUUAUCAAUUAGUGGCUUCAUGCAAUUUUCAACAAGGUGAUUACAAAAAUGCCGUACAAUACUAUGAAAAAGCGAUUGAAAUUCAAAUGGAUAAUAUGCCAAGUAAUCAUCCUAAUAUUCGUGCAAAUUAUUUUCUCAUGGGAGAUUGUUACUGUCGAAUGGAUAAACUUGAAUUGGCAACGGAAUAUUAUGAUCGAGCUCAAGCACCGAAUGAAAAUGAUAACGAUGAUGAGAAAGAAACAGAACAAGAUGUGAAAGCACUACUUCGAAUGUAUUCUCAUUUGUCCGAAGUCUUAGCUCGACAGAAAGAUUUUACCACAGCAAGUAUUCAUCAACAAACAAUCAUCGAUACAUUAAAAGAAAUUCUUCCAACAUUUAUUGUUGAAUUGAUCGAAGACGAAGAAGCAACGAACAUAACAUGGGAACAAUUACACACAGUGAUAAAAAGUCGUCUUGGUUUAACCAAUGGCAAUACAUUUGCACAAGCUCUACGAAAUGUCGUAUUUAUUCGUCUUUGUCUUGCUCGAGCACAAUUACAAGCGGAAGAAAGUACGGAUGAUGAUGAAGAUGCAACUGAUUUAUAUGAACAAGUGAUUGAACUUCAAUUGAAAUUGACACUAUUCGAAAGCGAUGGCGAACAAAAUCUAACAUAUUGGUAUGAAGAAUUAGGCAAUGCCUAUGAUAAACUCUAUUCAAGUACGAAGGAAACAACACGAGACAAUCUAAUUAAAGCACUGGAAGAAACAACAAAUUCAGAUCGUCAACGAUCGAUUGAAUUUUGUCUUGGAAAUCUCUAUUUUGAGGAAGAGAAUUUCACUGAAGCAGAUCGGUACUGGAAAAGUGCGUUGGGGAAAGUGAAAAAUGAUCAAACGACGAUUAGGACAAUAAUUGAAAAAUUAAUUGAAAAGAAUAAAGUGAAUUUAUCCAGUUUGGAAGAAAAUAGUGAUGCUGAUGAUGAUGAUGAAACAGAAGAAAACGAGGAUGAAGAGCAAGAUGAAACUGAACCGCAUGUUCAAUCUGCGAAAUCCCAACGUCGUUUGUCGACGAAAUCGCUCAAUGACAAGGAAAAAUCCGAAGAAAUCGCUCAAGCUUAUCUAGAUUUAAAUGAUGAUAGAAUGGCAUUGAAAUAUUUCAAACGAUACAUUUCAAAAUUGGAAGAAACUUUAACACCUACAUGGUCUCAAACCGAAUUUCAAUCCGAACAAAUACCGAUGAUCAAAGCAUUACAUAUUUAUCGGCUUCUUCAAGAUAAUAUUCACAAGCAAGAGAUGUUGAAAUGUACCAUUAAUUAUGCUAUACUAAAAUUAUUAGAAUCAUAUAUAGUAGCAGAUGAAGAGUAUCGCCCAAACAUUAUGGCUGUUGAUAUUCGUUCAUCGUCUAUUCCCAUUUUCGAUCGAAUUAUUCUCUGUCGAUUAAUUAUUUCUUAUAUGACUGAGAUGGAAGAUAAUGAAGGCACUAGUCAAUUCAAGAAAGAAUUAUUCAAUUUACAGAAAGAAGUAUGGGCAAAUAUCACUUUAAAAAAAACUGAUGGCAUUGGUCAAAUGUUGAUUAAAUUUGAUCAGAAUGCUCUUGCUUGUUGGUAUUGGACUGAAGUGCAAACGCUCUACAAUGAAUCAUUACCAGAUGCUAUUGUCACUCGUCUAUAUUCUACAGAUUCAACAUUUGAACAAAUUUACUGUGCAGCACAAGAAAUGAAUAAUGAUCUUUAUGAUAAUAUAAUCUCCUUGGCACAAAGCUACGAAAAGAUGUCGGAAUAUGAAGAGAAAGACAAAUGUAUAGACGAUGCUUGUCAAUCACUCGAGAAGGCCAUCAUCAUUUGGAAAAAGAUACCGUUAUUCAAAGAACGAGUUCAACAAUUGCAAAUGAAAGUAGAAAAAUUGAAAAAUAAAUAG